UUGUUGUUUUCAAAAUGGCAACUGCAAAUAUUGACCAAGAAAUGGAACCUGCCCUAAAUCAAAACGAAGAGCUGCUUGGCAUUACACCUUCUCGUCGGUCGCCCCAUGGUGGGGUUUCUAGGAAACGUAAAGCUGAUAGGAGUAGUUGGAAACAAAGUGUAAGAAAAAUCCAACGUCAGUCGGGUAAAGCUUAUAAAAAUACGAAAGGAGAACAAAUGCCAAAAAGAUCUAUUGUUGCACUAAAAAGUUGCAGAAAUCGUAAAUUUAAAUGUUCUACCAAUAUAUCUGAGAUUGAGCGUCAAAUAAUAUUUGAUAACUUUUGGACCUUAGAUGAUGACGGAAAAAAACAUUUCUAUUCUAAAACUACUGAAAAUCUGGAGAAAAAACGCUGUCGGACAGCUGCUGGUGACAAUUCAAGAAGAAAAACAUCUUAUUAUUUUAGCUUUUUUGUUUCUAAUACACAAUAUAGAGUUUGUAAAUCAUAUUAUCUUUCAACAUUGAAUAUUAGCAGCCAUAGAGUGUUUUACUUUCAUAAGUUUAAUAAAUCUUUAACUACUGGAACACCAUUGCAAUCAAAAUCAGGGAAACAUGUUAAAAAAAGGUUACUAGAAGAGUCUAAACAAGUUGUACGAGACCAUAUUAACCUUUUCCCAAGAAUUGAUGCUCAUUAUAGCAGGAAAAAGACACAUAAAGAAUACAUGGAAGGAUCACUAAAUAUAGGUAGAAUGUAUGAUCUUUAUAAAAUAUAUUGUGAUGAAAAUGUCUCUCCUCCAGCAAAAGAACAUAUGUAUCGUUAUAUCUUUAAUCACGAGUUCAAUAUAGAAUUUCAAAAACCGAAGAAAGAUUUAUGUGACACAUGCUAUGAGUAUCGCAACAUUGUUAAUGCAAGCAAUGAACAAACAGAUAGUUAUAAUAAGCACAUAAAAUCAAGGAAUGAUACCAAAACGGAACGUGAAAAUGAUCGCCAAAAUGUUGAUUCUAAAACUGCAAUUGUUUGUAUUGACCUUGAAAAUGUUUUAAAUUUGCCUAGAGCUAAUGUGGGAAACUUUUAUUACAAACAAAAACUUUCAAAUUAUAACUUAACUGGUCAUUGCUCGCUUAACAGGAAGGGUUAUUGCAUCCUUUAGCACGAAGCCAUGACUGGUCGUGGAGGAAAUGAUCUAGCCAGUGCUGUAAC